UUCCAAUUUCCUUUUCUUUCAUAAUAUUAUUAAUAGGUAAUAGCUUUGGACUAAGAUAUAUAUAUAUAUAUUUAUAUCUUAGUCCGUGGUAAUAACUAAGAAUUUCUGCAUCUAGGCCACGAAUCUAGAAUCGGAGCUAGGCAUUAUUUCGAAGCAUAGCCCUAUUAACUUUAGUUAAUAGGUAUAUGAUUCGUAGUUACAACUGUGCUACAACUUAUUCUUCACUGUGGCAACACUGUAACUCUAAUAAAUUGUAUUCAAACAGUCCGUUAAAAAUUAUGAGAUAGAGUGAUAGACCAUGGUUUAUUGCCCAUUGGACAUAAAAUAAAUUUUAAUACGCAAUUAUUUUCCCAUGUCUUGUGUUUCCAUUGAGCAUUUUUGACACGGUGGUAUUAAUACAAAUUAUAUAUAUUGUUAUUUAUUAUAAUAAAAAAAUAUUUUUCUGUGAGCCAGUUGAAUAGUAGCUGAUGCUCGUUUAUCGUUGUCAUAAUUAAUCUUAAGAACUGUAGUCUGAGAAGUGUAAAACUGUAAAUAGAGGUUGCUCGUUGUUCACAAAGCACAGUUGAGAUUUUGAGAACAUUUUCUGCAAACUAUAGAAGUCGCCAUUCUCUAUUUAAUCAGCAGGUAUGUCGAACUUUGUGGAAAUUCCGGAUCCGCGAUCUCCUACCACAGCCUUUGUCAGAACUCCGUUACGAGUAAUCAAAUUGAUUAUCGACGAAGAAAAUAUAUCGACAGAGACAAGAAUAAACAAUGAAUUAUUUGAAAACACUUUGUCUGAAAAUCUGCUGAUGUCAACACCAACUGUCAGUAAUACUUGUGAUACAGAUGAUUCAUUCCAUUCAGCAGUUGGUGAAAAUGAUAAAGAACCUCUGAUAAACAGUACAGACUCUAAAGGAGUGAAAGACAGCAGUAAGAAAAAUAGGAGAGCACUGGGAUGCAUUAAAAAUCGUCAAAUGAUUGAAACACCUAAGACGGAUAUGCGUCGUAAACUUUGGCGUAACAUGGAGGAUGAACGAGUAAAAAAAGGAAUUAAUAAUGGAGUUGAAAAUACACCACCAUUACCCUUUAUGGACUUAACUGCUUCAGCUCCUCCAAAACUAUAUAGACACCGCAAGUUUACAUGAGGUUAUUUUUUAUUUUAAAUAUUUAAUUUAAUUUUCAUCAAAAUUUGAUUUAAAUUCCACAUAAAAUUUCCAAUUUGUCAUUUUAUUAUAUCUUUACUUUAACUGAUGUAACCCAUUCUCACUUUAUAUACAAAUUGAAUUUUUUUUCAUUAAUAUUUGUAAUAUACCAGCACAUGUACAUUUU